ACCAAGUCCACCAACGGUCCCCUCUUCACCUGUCGUGUCGUGCGUGUGGUCACCAAGCCUCUGACGCCGACUCGCACUGCCACAGCACAAGGACCUGCAAAGGUCCAGUCAGACCAGAAGCAGGUGGCGUCAUGGAGCCCAGCUAAAGAAUGGACGACACAGUUGGUGCCACGUGGUCGUUUUAUUUUGCACGCUCUACCGAGGGUCCCAUCCCGUCACCUUCCCCGCCCCGCCCCGCCCCGCCGCAGCACAGCGCUGGUCCCGGGGCGCCGUUUCUCAUGACGGACCUCAGACCUUGUGGGGCCUGUUGGUCCCGGCACCAGCAGCUCCACCUCCUGGUGGACCCGAGCGGCACGUUGAAGUACAUUCUCAGCGGCUGCUCUUCACUCGGUCCGCGGCAGGCGUCCGACUACAGCUUUGCAAUGUGCUGCUUCAUGUGUCUCUUCAGGGAUCCUUUCAGCGUGAAGCUCUGCUGGCAGACGGUGCAGCUGUAGGGUUUCUCUCCAGUGUGAGUUCGCAUGUGGAUGUUCACCGUUCCUUGAGCGGUGAAUUUCUUCCCACAAACUGAACAGCUGUAGGGUUUCUCUCCCGUGUGUGUCCUCAUGUGACCCUCCAAAAGUCUUCUGAUGGCAAAGCACUUGCCACAGACGGAGCAGCAGAAGAGGUUGUCGCCCGUGUGGAUCCUCAUGUGGAUCUUCAGGUCAGCGGUGCGGGUGAAGGACUUGGAGCACACCGAGCAGUCGUACGGUUUCUCUCCCGUGUGAGUGAUCUUGUGGUUCUUCAGGUGGCUCCUGGUGGUGAAGCAUCUGCCGCACUCCGAGCAACCAAAGGGUUUCUCUCCGGUGUGCGUCCUCAUGUGGGUCUUCAGAGAGCCUUUCUCCGUGAAGCUGUUGCCACACACGGAGCAGGUGAAGGGCUUCUCCCCCAGGUACUCGGGCUGACUGAAGGCCUGGUCGCACUCCGAGCAGCUGAAGGGUUUCUCACCAGUGUGUGUCCUGACGUGGCUCCUCAGCCGGGCCUGGUUGGUGAACUUUUUAUCACAAAACUCGCACUCGAACAGCUUGUCUCCGGUGUGGUAGUUCAUGUGCUCCUUCAGCGACUUCUUAUGGGAGUAGACCUUCCCGCAGACCGAGCAGGUGAAGUUCUUCUCCCCGGUGCAGGUCCUGCGGUGCAGCGUCAGCCCGGCCUUGUGCUUGAAACUCCUUCCGCAGUCGGGGCAGGUUUUGGCUUUGUCCGCAGACUCUUCUGUCUUGUCCUUUUUGCCAGCACGUGGGCGAGUGCCAGCCUUCCGGGCCUCCCUCCAGUCCUCACUGUGGUCCGUGUCUGCCUCUGGCUUCUGCCGCCUGGGGUGGGUUCCUGCUUGGUGGCCAGGAGGCGCUUCAGGGCUGCUGACCGGCGCCGCUCCGUCAGCAGCUUCCUUCUUUACGUGUUGAGCCGCGCUGCUGGUCGGAGGCGCGUCUGGGCUCCUGGAGCGAGGAGCUUCAUCCCCGUCCUGCUCCAUCUUCACUCGGACGAUGGUGAAGGGAGGAGCGGUGACGUCCGUCUCCUGCUCCUCCACUUUGACGCAUGGAGGGUCGACUCCCGUUUGCUUCUGCUGAACAUCUGCAGGAGACACAAACAGACCAGCUCAGACUCAGGACGGGCGAUAACUUAUCAUACUCCAUAUACCACCAUGACACCUCUGCAUCUCACCAUAAACUGGAUAAACACAUGACACUCUGGCUGCAUCGGACCUGCACACGUGAACAUGAGGAGCGGGUGACGGCGCCGCGCUCUCCAGCUCCGCGGCGUGUGACAGUUGUGGGGAGUGUGGUGGACUUUGCUUCACCGUGGUCGUUUGAAAGUGAUGUUGAACCUUGGAUCAUGACACUGGUGGACUCUGACUCUCUGGAUCCCUGUUUCUUUGAUGAGAUGGAGUGGUCCUCACAGGUUCUCUGAGGCGCUCCUCUGCCUUGGUUCACAUCAACACAUGCAGCUCUCCUGCUGCCAAGGUGACAACACUUGGGUAUUAGCGGCGGUGGCGUCCUCUUCCGCGUCCCCAUGAGGCUUCACUGAUGGAGGACACACUCUCACAGGCAGCACUAAUGCUAGGAGCCGCCAUCAGUUAGGGACCAUCAACAAAUUCUAAAGCCUCAAAGUCUGAGUGACAUCUUCAAUAAGGCCAUGGAAAACAAGCAUUUUAGGAGAGAGAGAACUGUGACAAGGUUUUUCACCACACAAGACAAAGGACUGACAGUUGGGAUCAUGAUCUGGAGAAUAGACUCUGACUCCAUGAUCAUUUCUUCACCUGAUGGUUUCUCAUGUUUCUCCAGCAGCAUCUAGGAACUGUGUCCAGACUGCUCCAUAGUUCAAGUGUUCAGAGACAUGAGACACAGCAGACAGACAGACAGACAGACAGACAGACAGACAGACAGACAGAGGGCUCCAUUGAAGCCCUCAAUAAAGCUGGCAGAGCAGCCUGUCAGACACCAGUGGCUUCUACCAGAGACCUGAAACGUUGAGUUGCUCAUCUCUGCACUGCAGACUUCACUCUUCUAUUGAUGCUGGAGACCAACUCCACUCCUGAGUUCCAUCAUCCAACAGUGUCAAGAGAGACUGUAGUGUCCAACACAUGGAGGAAAAGGAGCAUAGAUUCAUCCUGAUCAUUAUCGCUGAAAUGACAACAUUUAUUGUAAUAACUCCUUCGUCCACGUGGCUCAUCGCUGAGCUCAGACUCAGAGCCAUUCAGCAGCAGGAGAAAGGAGGACGGGAUCUGGUCCUGCCAUGAGCCCAAGAGCCAGCAGGUGGCCAGAACCGAGUCCAGCUGGGAGUCAUGAGGGUCCCAGCUGGAGCCCAGGUCUGGACGAGCCUGGGCUCAGAACCGGAGGUCUGAGGGUUCUGCCCAAGUCGGGGUUCCUACCUUCUCCGUGAGGAAGCAACGUGGACUGAGUGUCCUCCUCUUCAUCAUCAUUGUCGUCUUCAUCCUCCUCCUCACCAUCACCUUCAUUGUCGCCGUGCUUAUCUUCAUCAGCAUCCUCCUCCUCUUCGUCACCCUUCACUGUGACAACAGUGAAACAGAACCUGGAGACAUCCGUCUCCUCCUCUUCCUCCUUGAUGACUGGAGGUCCUGGGUCUCCCAGGUCCACAGUCUGGCUGUGCUGGGACUCUGCAGAGACACAAAGACCCUUGUGAUCAGGUUGUGAGGCACAACAGUCCAACUAUCAAGGUGACUAGAUGAGACGAGAGCCGUGGCAACACUGGACGCCAGAGCAACCACCAAGAAAGCUGCAGUCAGGCGUGUUCCUGCUGACAGCCAAGGCUCCAGAUCUCACCUGCUUCAGGUGUGGAAGAGGAGCCUUCACCCUGGCUGACACUUUCCUCGCCCUCUCACCCCAGAACACCUGGCUAACUUCAGCACUAUUUUGUUGGCGCGCGGAUGAAGGGCAUCGUUCGGGAGUCAGCCGUCUGAAGCAGGAGAGCCAGACGUUGUUUGUUUAGCAUGAACUCCAUGGGUUAAUCCACCUGUAACCCAACACGAAAGGCCGUCCCACGGAAUAAAUAGAGAGGAGCGCGUUCAGAGACCUCGAAGCUUGAGGACGCUGCGGAUCCCGCCAGCUGCCCGAGGUGUCCAUCACUUCCGUGGAUACAGCAUCACUUCCGGUGGUGAAGUCGCUGGAGGGCGUCACGAACUCAACAUCAGGAAGUGGACCUCGCGCGACUUCAAACACGACCCAAGCCGGACAAACGUCGAGUGUGGCGCGAACGUUGCGUUCAAAACGUUCAUUAGACCUUUUUUUGUUUUUGUCCAUCGCGCGGCGUCACGCCACCAGAGGGCGCCACAGCAGCGCCUGCAAGUGCGCAUGCGUAAGCGAGCGGAGAAGUGCACGGUGGGGGAUGUAGUCGAAGCGCCGUCGUCCAUUUUGUGGCGGCGAGGACGGCGUCCAUCUUGGCGGGUCUGUGCCGCUGGAGCAGGCGCCUCGGGUUCUGGACGGAGCCACAGACCCGAGCUGGCGCAGCGUCUGGGUGCGAGUGCGUGUGCUGUGCGCGCGUCAGUACCUGCUGGCUCGUCGCAGUCGCCUGGACUCGCGCGCGCUGGAUCGCGGUUCCGAAUCCGACGGAGUCUUUCAGUCAUUUUCACUGGCGGAGACACGAAGAAGAACGAGGAAGUGAGCGGAGCCCGCCACGUCACAGUCUGCUUCCGGGAAGACUUCAAAACAAGGGAGGAGGAAAAACAGAGCGGCUUAAUAGCGUUCGAGUAGCCGACGAAACGAGCGACGCUAAAGUCCACAAACACGAACCGACCCGAGUGGCUCGGACUCUCCGCCUGCUCCUCUGAGUCCGGAGAGUGUUUCCGAACUUCCUGGAACCGGGCCGCCUCCGACUUCCUUCUGCAGUCGACGCACUGUCAACACGCCCGCGCCGCUCCUCCAGCACCAGCAGCCCCGGAACCGCGGCUCACAUGGCCAUGAUUGUGAAAGCGACCCGGAAGUACAACAGUAGCGAACCGCUCGCUGCUUCUGUUCCGCUCGGAACCUCAUCCGCUCCUCGAGUGAAGAUGCGUGAAGCCUCGGUCCGGACAGAGCAGCGCGACUCGCCAGAUGAGCAUCAUCUUCCUUAUGUCAAAGAAGAAGAGGAAGAAGCAGAAGUGUCUGAGUUCCCUCUGAACAUCGUGGUGGUGAAGGGCGAGGAAGAGCGCGAGGCGUCGGAGACUCCGCCCAGCUGCUCGGCUCAGCAGCUCAAGACAGAACCUGGCGGACUCUCGUUCUCGCCAGGCUCGGACACCGACGACAGCAGCGACUGGAGGGAGUCCAGCAAGAACCCGACCGGCUCUGAGAGAACCCCUGAAGACAAGUCCACCACCUGCCCAGACUGCGGCAAGGUCUGCAACUCCCGGUCUGGACUGAGCAAACACAAGAAGGCCUGCCGCGGCGAGCACCACUUCUCAUGUCCGUUCUGUGGGAAAACCUUCUCGUACAGGAAGUCCCUCAAGGAGCAUGUGAACCUUCACACUGGGGAAAACCUUUUCAGCUGCUCUGUCUGCUCCAAAACCUUCACCAACCAGGUGAGACUGAGGACCCACAUGAAGACACACACUGGCGAGAAGCCCUUCGGCUGUACGGAGUGUGGCAAGUGCUUCUCUGAGAAAGGAGACCUGAAGACCCACAUGAGAACCCACGGAGGGGAGAAACCAUUUAGCUGCUCGGAAUGUGGCAAAUGUUUUGCCCAGAAAGUCCACAUGGAGACUCAUGUGAAGACCCACACUGGAGAGAAACCAUUUAGCUGCUCGCUGUGCGAUAAACGCUUCACAGUGAAAGGCUCUCUGAAGAUCCACAUGAGGACGCACACGGGAGAGAAACCCUUUUGCUGCUCUGUCUGUGGCCGCUUCUUCACAGAGCGAGCCAACCUGAAGAAACACAUUCUGACCCAUACGGGCGAAAAACCCUUCCAGUGUUCGGUCUGCGGGAAGUGGUUCACCCACUCGGGUUCUCUGAAGAGUCAUCUGAGAAUUCACACGGGAGAAAAACCCUUCUGCUGCGCCCUGUGCCCCAGAAGCUUCUCAGAGCGGCGGAGUCUGAAGAAGCAUGUGAAGAAGCACGUGGGGGAGGCGGAGCCGGAGCCCGGAUCUGGUGCUGCCCAGGUGACCUGAGUGAGGAAUGGGGUGAGUGAGUGUCAUGUUGCGCUGUGUGUGCGCUCGCACGCACCUUCGUCACCGGACUCUGCGUCCCAAGCAGAGCACCGACUGUUGGGUGAGGCUUCGUCUGGUGGAGCCGCGCGUCAGUUAGUUGUGGUGGAGAUGGUGACCAACAUGAGCAGGUCUUCGCAGCAGCUGUCGCUUUGGAGGGUCCAGUGAUGCAGCGCGAGACGCGCCGGUCACUCGAACCCUCUCAGUGGCUGCUGCACCAAUGACCCAGCCUUGGUUUUGAAGGCAGCAGGGACCAAAGCAGAGAGCAAACGUGUCUGUGUGUUCAGAACCGGAGAGGGCAUCGCUGUGAGCACCUCUCUGGCCAUUCAUGUCUGAAUAAAGUGGUCAUCCAAACCCCUGAGUCUGGCGGUCGUGUGGUUCACUCAGAAUUCAUCCUCAUGUUGUGUGCACGUCAUUUAGCCGCCAUCAAAGCACCACGCGGGUGUUGAGCAACCUCCAACCAGUC